GCUCAGCAACCAUAGAGUCCCAGUCCAACAACCGGUGCAGCAACCAUAGAGCCCCGGUCCUCCGAGCCCCCCCAGAGUGGGUGCGCAGCAACCAUAGGGCCCGGAGAUGACGCUGCGAGCAGUUCCGGUGCCGCUGGCGGUGGCCUCGCGCGGCUGGGCUGGGGGCUGGUGCGUUGCGGGCAGGCCUGUCCCGUCCCCGGCGGGGCCCGGUGCCCCGGGCGGGCGGGCGGGAUGGCCGCGGUGGGCCCGGCCCAGGCAGGCGCGUCCCGGGACGGGCGGGGGCCGCAGCUGCGGGAGGCCUUCGAGCUGGUGGCGCUGCGCUUCACGCGGGCCGAGUGGCGGCUGCUGCGGGACGGCGACAAGGGGCUCUACCGGGACCAGAUGCUGCGGAACUACCGCGCGCUCGUGUCCCUGGGAUACCAAGGUCCCACACCAGACUUAAUCUGCCGCAUCCAGCGAGGGGAAGUGGAGCUCUGGGCCCAUGAUGAUGAGGACCCUGGAGAAAGUGCAUUUUUUGAGGGCCUGUCCCCAGAUUCCUCUGAUAUGGAAGAUACCUGGGACUUGUCUGCAGAGGAAAUUGCUGUGGACUCAUUCCCCAGGCCAGACUCUUCCCAGCAAGCAGGUUUUGAGACGCUGAGCAGAGCUGAGCAGCAGCCUCCUGAGGAAGAGCCUGCAAACCUGGAACUGGUUUCAUCCACAAACCAGCUACCUGCACAGUGGGUUCAGAGAACAGCUGAGCCACAAAUGAGCCCUGUGUAUAAGGAAGAAUUGAAAGAGCAGGGAAACCCAAGGAGCCCUGAGGGCAGCACUCACAGCGGGGAGGUGUCAUAUAUAUGUGGUGAGUGCGGUGAGAGCUUCUGGGGCCAACAGGAACUGAGAGUGCACCGGAUGACCCACCAGCUGGAGUCUGGCCACCCCUGCGCUGUGUGUGGGAAGAGCUUCCGCUAUAAAUCCCGUCUUGCCGAGCAUCAGAGGACACACUCGGGAGAGCACCCCCACCCCUGCCCGGACUGUGGGAAGCGCUUCGCCCGCCCAUCCCACCUGCGCGUGCAUCAGCGCGUGCACACGGGGGAGAAGCCGUACGGCUGCCCCGACUGCGAGAAGAGCUUCAACCACUUGUUCCACCUCCAGGUCCACCUGCGUGUGCACACUGGGGAGAAGCCGUACCACUGCGGGGAGUGUGGGAAGAGCUUCAACGACCCAUCCUACUUCCGCGUGCACCAGCGCCUACACAGCGGGGAGCAGCCAUAUCAGUGCACAGUGUGCGGGAAAAGGUUCCGGCAGAGCUCUGCACUCGCCAAGCACCGACGUGUGCACCGCACAGAGACGGCACAGCACUGUGCAGAGUGCGGGAAGAGUUUCACGGACCCAUCUUACCUGUUGGUGCACCAGCGCCUGCACACAGGGGAGAGGCCACACCGCUGCGAACAGUGUGGGAAGAGCUUCAAAGACCCGUCCUACCUGCGCGUGCACCAGCGUCUGCACAGCGGGGAAAAGCCUCACUGCUGCCCCGACUGUGGGAGGAGCUUCAGCAACCCAUCCCACCUGCGCGUACACCUGCGCCUGCACACUGGGGAGAAGCCAUUCAUCUGCACACAAUGUGGCACAAGCUUCAGGCACAGGACCUCUCUCACUAGCCAUGAGCGCACGCACACAGGGCAGAAGCCAUACCCCUGCGCCACGUGUGGGCUGAGCUUCAGGACCAGCUCCUCUCUUACCAACCACCAGCGUGUGCACACUGGGGAGCAACCGUACCACUGCACUCAGUGCACGAAGAGCUUCAGGCAUCGCUCUUCGCUCACCAAGCACCAGCGAACCCAUGGGUCGGACCCUCAGCAUUCACACUGGUCAGCUUCUGUGAGCUCUUGCCUUGCCUCUUCCUCAUAGUCUGCACUCUGAAGAGGGGGUGAGGGGAGGUCCAUACCUCAUGUGAAAUGCUGCUACUUCCCCACUACAGGCUGGGUUUGCGUGGCUUUGGGAAUGGGAGCGUUUCCCCAUAAAUGGGUCAUGGUUGGAGUUACAAGCUGCAUUUGGGAUGGGGGGUGGGGCAAGUGGGCUUAGGCUUCUGCCACAGGAGCUCUGGUUUCUCCCACUAAGUUGCCCAUGUUGCACUUAGUGGUGCCCUUUAACGUCGCCGCUGGGCGUUGUCUGAGGUGGUGCAAUUUAGGGGCUUUGGAAUUCAGUGUUGUGUUUGUUGGGAGGAGGGGGAAGAGUUGGUUGUGCUUCUUGGAGAAUGGUGACAGCAGCAGCCCCUCUGCAGAAAAGGGACCGCCGGACUGGAGGGGGCCUUGGGAAAAGAUGGGGGAAUCCCCCCUGAAGAUGGUUGGAGUUGGGACAGCUAUGAGUGUAGCAGUGAAGUUUGGAAAGGUUUCUCGUAUUGGGGUGAGUGGCAAUUGGGCUGUGGUUGGGAUGGGCUGGAACAGACCAACAAUCCCCAGUUGACAGAGCAGCCUCCACAGCAGGUGCUUUUCUGGACCAGUUGUUUCAGCUGGGAGGUGGGAAUUUCCUCUCUCUACCUGGCCUAGCCACAUUGGUAAAACCCCAGGCAUUUUUACAUGUACCCUUUCAUGCAGAGAAGCACUGGAGAUCCAUACCUGCAUGUGAGCUGAUGUGCACUGCAUCAUAUACAGUUGUGUAAGUGGCGAAAUGUGCGUCAGCAUGCAAAAAAUGUCAGCGGUGCAUUUUUAAACUAAAGCACCUUCGAUGUGCUUUAGUUCAAAAGCACGCUGCCACCAUUUUCUCAAUGCUGCAGCACUGGAAAAGCGCCUGGCACUGCGGCGCAAGUUUUGUACAAAUGUCCCCAGUAUCACAGCCCAUCUUCCCCACUGCUGCCAGCACCCUGAACAGCCACCCAGUGCCCCACUUGCUCUUCCCCACAGCCAGCUGUGCCUGAGCUCUGCCUCUUUCCCAGGCUCCAGGCCUGAGUACAUGCAGAGAGGAUGGGUGAGGCUACAGCAGGAGUAUAGCCCUUCUGGCCCGCUGAUCUAAGCAGGGUGGAGCAGUGUGCCUAGAAUAGAUGGGGAGUUAGGAGACAUAAGGGAUUUUUUAGGAGCGUGCUUCUGGACAGUUGGAGGUUUGGGCAGGUCUGGGUGAUAGGGGGUCAUGGAGGGGCUGCUAAGGUCAGGGAAGGUUAUGGAGGGGAAUGGGGUGGUGGUGUGGGGGAAUCGCCUGCCUGUCCUUCACCACAUUUAUGGGAAUUACCUCUUUGAAGCUUUUCCCUCAUUUUUUUCUUAUCUUUGGCCCAUGUCUCCAGUCUACAUUUUCCUGACAGCUUCUGGGAAAUGUUUUUGCUCUCUGUCACCUUGCUUUUGCCCUGGCCAAAACCAGAAGUCUCCCAUUGUGACGAAUUCAUAGAAUCAUAGAAGUCAGGUCAGAAGGGACCUUGUAGAUCUUCAAGUCCGACCCCCUGCCUGGGCAGGAGGAAAACUGGGCUCAAAUGGCCCCAGCCAGGUAGGUAUCAAGCCUCUUAAAGACCCUUGAUGCCCUUGAAUUAGCAAACUCCAUGCUGCCUGCCCCCAGAGGAAGGCAUGCAAAGUUCAGUCCUAGAGCUGGUGGGACAGGACACCUCUGGGAGGGGAACAGCAAAGGGUGGAUCAGCAGUGAAUUGUGCAGAGCUCUGCAAACUGCCUUCUAAUUGUUCUGAAUUUCCUGUUUGUAUUUUGGAUGUAAAUCCUGAAGUGGAAAUGCUUGCGGGGAAACGAUUUUUGGUUAACUAAAGGGGUCAUUGAUUUAAAAAAAGUAAGAAAACAAAAUCUUUCCAGACAGAGUAACUGAAAAUACUGAAAAUGGCUCUGACCAGAGAGGAAAUAGUUCCUGAAAACUGAAUUGAAAAGCAAACAUCAUAAUGAAAACUAACCAUGGAUUUUUUGUGGGGGCUAGAAACCUCCGCCUAGGUGGCCCAAGUAGACUGUUUCCCAUAGAAAUGGGUGUGUAUUUGGGUUUUUUUUUGUCUUCAAACACUAAAUUCUUAGAUGAAGAAAAGUAUUGGUUAGCUUUUUAUUUUAAAAUUCAAAGUGCUACCUGUGUCUCCAGGAGAGAAGAGGGCAGCCAAGGGGACGCAGAGUUGUCCUGACUGAGGAGUGAACUGGACCAGGGUGUAAAUUGCUGGCCUGCAAUUGCCCCUUCUCUAAUCAUGGCCACUUCUGCUCCUUUUCCGGCCCUGUGGCCCAUGCAGGUGCCCCACCUCAAAACCUGAAGCACAGGUGUUGCAUGCAAACAUGCUCAGAUUCACUUGUAAACUUAUGUCGUUAAUAGAACAAAACUAGUGUGCUGAUGGUACGUGCAUGAAUUGGCUACAGUGGCAUCUCGGUAUAAAAAGAAAUCUCAGACGCACAUUCUAUAAGACUGUUUGAAUCCCAAUUCAGAAUUUAAGCUGCCUAUACAUGUGUUUGGGGGUGGGGGUGUUUUAUUUAGAGUGGUUCCUAGGUAGCCGCUCUAAUUAAAAUGCCUCACCAUCGGGUGCAUAAGCCCCUUCAGCUUUGAAAAUGGCCAUGGGAUGCUUUAUCUAAACCAGCAGUUCCCAAACUCUGAUAGAUUGCACACCACCAAUUUAAAAUGCUACAACCUUAAGUGCUAUCAGCAAAUCUUUGUCAUAUAACAAUUAUAACAAAUCUGUUAACGUGUAGCACUGGUGGUACCCGUACCACAGGACGGGAUCCGCUGAUCUAAACCUCAUUCAACAAACAUUAGAUAAAACACCCCACCAGCCACUUCUAAACCUUCAGGGGCUUAUACAUGCGACAAUGAGGCCACGCUGGAGCAUUGUAAUUAGAAAGCAGAGCUAACUCGAUUAUACUGCUCUGAUGUGUUAUAAUUAAAACACGAACCAGCACAUGUAUUGGGCACCCUUAAUGCUUGUCUGGGUGGUUGUAGUUUUAAACUGCUGUGUUUUAACUGGCAAGUACUACUUGAAUGUGUUUAGGUUUUAAGUAUAAACGAGUGGUUCUCAUCCUUAUUAGACUUGAGACACCCCUUGGAAAGUAGCAGCUCUUAGUUUUUCACUAAUUAUUUUACUAUGGAAAAAUAAUUGAGCAGUUUUUUUGUUGCAGAAUUCAGGCCACAGCAGGGCAGAAUGUUUUCAUACUAUGGAUUCCUGUUUGAAAUCUCUGGAUUUAUCUUCUGAAUCAUGUUUGCACACCUAAUCAUGGUAAUGUUGCAUGGUGCCCUGCGGCACCCCUGAGAGGAUCUGAAGGCUGGCUCCCUAGAGUGAUGCAGCACCCUGCUGGAGAAUUGCCGAUAUAAUCAAAUGGUUCUGUGUUUGCAGGGUAGCAACUAGGUCUUUCUAUGAAACUGUCACUUCUUGUGCUUGUCAGUCUUUAUUAAUCCUUUUGGUUUUCACUUCAUGAAAGUGAUUUUGCAUUUCAUACAAGCCCUAAAUUGACAGGUCUUAGCCCACCUGAAUAGUUUUCUUCCAUUUUUCCCCCUACAGUUAACCAAGAGGUAAGCAGCAUUUGCUUCUCCUAUGAUGCUAAGUUUGCCUUGCAACCCAUUGUGAAUCUGCAGUUGUGACUUAUUUUGCACAUGUGUGUGUGUGUAUGUUGUGUAUGCCACUUGUACCUUGAUUUGUUGUAACAACCAUUAAUUGUGUGUGUAAAAAAAGAAAUAAAAUCACAGCAGUUAGUAAUUAC